UCCGGGCGGGAGGCUGUCCAGGCCCCGCUUGGGCGCAGGUGGGUGAGGCCCGGGCAGCCGGUGCUGAGGGUCAGGAAGGCUCCUGGAGUGGGAGGCUGUGAAGGCCACCGGUAGGCUGUUCACGUUUUAGCUAAAUGUGGAGUUGUUUGCAGCCUUGCAACCUGUUGGUCAGGUAGGCAGCACUAAAGUUACCUCCAUGUCAGCUGAGGAAAUUAAGGCCUGCGGAGAAGUGACUUGCCAGGCUUCUUUUGGGCUUUGGAGUUAGGCCAGAGGAGAAACUGAAGCCUUUCUGGGGCAAGUUCCUUAAACUUCCAGGGGUUCAAGUGACCUCACUUGUGGGGGGGAUCCUGGGCUCCAGCUCACAGAUCGGUGUCCGGGCGGGAAUACUAGCUGCUGUGUGGCCAGCGGGAGCGCCUGCCGUGCACAGCUGGGCCGCCGGCUCCUGCGAAGGGGACGCCUUCCUGAAGACACAGUUGCCAGGCCCGCUGUACCCUCGGUGCCCUGGCCGCUUAGAGAGCCUCGGCCCCAGGCGCUGGGGGCCGGACCCUGGGACUCUGGACACACGCCCGCCCAGGCCCCCUGUGGCCACACCUCCUCGUUAGCACCGACCCCAGAAGGCUGGGGGUGUGGGGAGGAAAGGCCCCCGCCAUGGCUGCUCCUAGACCCCACCUGGUCCCCUAAGGCCUGUUAGGUGAGAGGGGCUUUUAGGGCUCCCGGGGCCUCUGCCCCUUGCCCUGGCCUCCUCUUCCCCUCGGCAAGGCGCCAGCGAGCUGCAACUCCGUUAUCUGGGUCAUUAGCUUCAGACCCUGAACUGAGGCUGGCCGGGUCCAGGACGAGGGAGGGAGGCCUUGUCCAUCGAGCAGCCGAGGUGCCAGGGCCCUGGGAGGCCGGCUGCAGGCGCCCUCCCUUGCUGCCCUUUCUGCCUGGGGCCCGGGCCCCUCAUGGCUGCCCGGGUCUGGUCACAGCGGGGGGCCUCCUGACCCAGCCUUGCCAGGGGCAGAGGACACUGAGCCUUAGAGAGGGGAUGCCCCCCAGGGCGCCAGUCCAGCCAGCUGCCCCGCCUCGCAGGCCCAGCCUGGCCCCCGCGCUUCCCCGUCCGGUGCCCCCAGCAGCCCCCCUGGCAGGCAGCCCCCGCCAUGGCCGAGCACCUGGAGCUGCUGGCAGAGAUGCCCACGGUGGGCAGGAUGAGCACACAGGAGCGGCUGAAGCACGCCCAGAAGCGACGUGCCCAGCAGGUGAAGAUGUGGGCCCAGGCCGAGAAGGAGGCCCAUGGCAGGAGAGGCCUGCGGACGCAGUCACAGAAGGAGGUGGCCGACGGCCGGCCACAGAAGCGGGUCCUCUUCCCCCCCAGCGUUGCCCUUCUGGAGGCGGCUGCCCGGAAUGACCUGGAGGAAGUCCGUCAGUUCCUCGAGAGUGGGGUCAGCCCUGACCUGGCCAAUGAGGACGGCCUGACCGCCCUGCAUCAGAGCUGCAUCGAUGACUUCCGGGAGAUGGUGCAGCAGCUCCUGGAGGCUGGGGCCAAGGUCAAUGCCCGUGACAGUGAGUGCUGGACACCCUUGCACGCCGCGGCCACCUGUGGCCACCUGCACCUGGUGGAGCUGCUCAUUGCUGGUGGUGCCGACCUCCUGGCAGUCAACACGGACGGGAACAUGCCCUAUGACCUGUGUGAGGACGAGCAGACACUGGACUGCCUGGAGACGGCCAUGGCCAGCCGUGGUGAGUGCAGCCCUGCCUGCCUGCCGGGGCAGCAGGGCGCAGGGCGCGGCGGGUGGUGUGCUGGGGGUGGAGCCCUGAGCCCGCUGCCCCGCAGGCAUCACCCAGGACAGCAUCGAGCGGGCCCGGGCCUUGCCCGAGCUGCAUAUGCUGGAGGACAUCCGGAGCCUGCUGCAGGAGGGGGCAGACCUCAAUGCCCCCCGGGACCACGGCGCCACGCUGCUACACAUCGCCGCGGCCAGCGGGUUCGGCGAGGCGGCUGCCCUGCUGCUGGAACACGGGGCCAGCCUGAGCACCAAGGACCGCGACGGCUGGGAGCCGCUGCACGCAGCGGCCUACUGGGGCCAGGUGAGCACCUGCGGGGCGGUGGGGCCGGGCGGGCUCGGCGGCUCCGCAGGCUUCAGCAGCCCGGGCUCGCCGACCCACAGGUGCAGCUGGUGGAGCUGCUCGUGGCACACGGGGCUGACCUGAACGGCAAAUCCCUGAUGGAAGAGACGCCUCUCGACGUGUGCGGGGACGAGGAGGUGCGGGCCAAGCUGCUGGAGCUGAAACACAAGCACGACGCGCUACUGCGCGCCCAGGGCCGCCAGCGUUCUCUGCUGCGUCGACGCACCUCUAGCGCCGGCAGCCGGGGGAAGGUGGUGAGGCGGGUGAGCCUGACCCAGCGCACCAGCCUGUACCGCAAGGAGCACGCCCAGGAGGCCAUCGUAUGGCAACAGCCCCCGCCUACCAGCCCGGAGCCGUCAGAGGAGGAUGAGGACCGCCAGACAGACGCGGAGCUCCGGCGGCCGCCCCCCGAAGAGGAGGACCCAGAGGCGGCCAGGCAGCACAACGGCCGAGUGGGGGCGCCCCCCGGGCGGCACCUGUACUCCAAGCGGCUGGACCGAAGUGUCUCCUACCAGCUGAGCUCCCUGGAGAACACCACCCCUGACGCCCUGGUCCAGGCCAAGGCCCCCCACACCCUGGCAGAGCUGAAGCGUCAGCGGGCUGCCGCUAAGCUGCAGCGACCCCCGCCUGAGGGGCUCGAGGCCGCUGAGUCUGAACUGCCUGUGGACACUGAGACCCCCCAGCUGGAGUGUGGCUCCGGGGCUGGGGGAGACCCACCCCUGCUCAGACUCACAGCCCCCUCAGAAGCAGCCCGCGUGGAGAAGAGGCCGUGCUGCCUGCUCAUGUGAGGGGCUGGCGCCUGGGUGGCCAAGGCCCCACUGCCAGGCCCAGGGCCGCUGCUCUGCGUGCCGCAACGCGUGUUCCGGGCUAGGCUGCCAGCCUCCUCCUUCCUUGGGGACGGACCUGUGGCAGAGGCUGUACCUGGGAAACACCUGGCUGCGGAGACCUACUUUCAUUCUGUGACUCUCAAUAAAGGGCCGUUCCGCCA